AUGGCGGAAAACAAAGGCCUUCACGUCGUUGUAUUUCCAUGGUCUGCCUUUGGCCAUUUAAUUCCCCAUUUUCAACUCUCUAUUGCUUUAGCCAAAGCCGGCGUCCAUGUCUCCUUCAUCUCCACCCCCAAAAAUCUGCAAAGACUUCCCCCAAUUCCUCCUUCCCUUUCCUCCUUCAUAACUCCGGUCCCGAUUCCACUCCCAAAACUCCCCGGCGACCCCCUGCCGGAAGGUGCAGAGGCCACCGUCGACAUUCCGUUCGAAAAAAUCCCCUUCCUUAAAGUAGCACUAGAUCUCGCCGAGCCACCAUUCCGAAAGUUCAUCGCCGAUCAUCCACAUCCGCCGGAUUGGUUCAUCGUCGAUUUCAACGUUAGUUGGAUCAGUGACAUUUCUCGAGAAUUUCGAGUUCCGAUCGUUUUCUUUCGCGUUCUGUCCCCCGGAUUUCUCGCUUUCUACGCCCAUGUUCUUGGGGCUAGGUUGCCUCUGUCGGAGAUCGGAAGCCUGAUUUCGCCACCGCCAAUUGAAGGCUCUACGGUGGCGUACCGGCGGCAUGAAGCGGUCGGAAUUCGUGCUGGAUUUUUUGAGAAGAACGAUUCCGGGAUGAGUGAUUACGAGAGGGUUACGAAGAUCAUUUCCGCGUGUCAAGCAAUUGCAGUUCGUACUUGUUAUGAAUUUGAUGUUGAUUAUUUGAAGUUGUACUCGAAUUAUUGCGGAAAGAAAGUGAUCCCUCUAGGGCUUCUUCCUCCAGAAAAGCCUCCAAAAACAGAGUUCGAGGCCAAUUCGCCAUGGAAAUCAACCUUCGAGUGGCUCGAUCAACAAAACCCCAAAUCGGUGGUGUUCGUCGGAUUCGGAAGCGAAUGCAAGCUCACAAAGGAUCAAAUUCACGAGAUAGCACGUGGAGUGGAGCUCUCGGAGUUGCCAUUUUUAUGGGCUCUGAGAAAACCGGACUGGGCGGAGGAUUCCGACGUGCUUCCAGCGGGGUUCCCUGAUCGAACGGCGGGGAGAGGGAUGGUGAGUAUGGGGUGGGCUCCGCAGAUGGAGAUUUUGGGGCAUCCGGCAAUCGGAGGGAGUUUUUUUCACGGAGGAUGGGGAUCGGCCAUUGAAGCUCUGGAAUUUGGGAAUUGUCUUAUUCUGUUGCCGUUCAUCGUUGAUCAGCCGCUGAAUGCGAGGCUUUUGGUGGAGAAGGGAGUUGCAGUUGAAGUCGAAAGAAACGAAGACGAUGGGUGUUUCAGUGGAGAAGCCAUAGCCAAAGCUUUGAGAGAAGCCAUGGUUUCAGGAGAAGGGGAGAAGAUUAGGAAGCGAGCUGAAGAAGUUGCCGCCAUUUUUGGGGACACUAAGCUUCAUCAACGAUAUAUUGAGGAAUUUGUAGAAUUCCUCAAAAACAGGGAUCCGAUUCCAAAUCAGUAG